AUGAUUUUUCUAAUGGACCUCCAGAUGAUGGUACUGGAUGUGAUUUACUUCAUCAUUCGCAACUCUAUACGGGUCGUCCUGCGCCCGCGCACCAAGCCCAUUGACGGGGAGCUGGUGCUGAUCACCGGAGCAGGUGGAGGUCUGGGUCAGAUCUUUGCUCAGGAGUUCACCAAGCAUGGGGCAGAGGUGGUGCUUUGGGACAUCAACACCAGUUCCAACGAGCAGACAGCCAAGCUGGUGCGGGAGAAGGGGGGUAAGGCGUACACGUACACGGUGGAUGUGACCGAUAGGCAGGAUGUGUAUCGCAAAGCAGAGCUUGUGCGGAGGGAUCUGGGCCGGGACGUUACAAUGCUGGUGAACAACGCUGGAGUGGUGGCUGGGGAGCGCAUGUUGGACUGUCCUGAUGAAAUGAUAGAGAGGAGCAUGAAAGUCAACUGCCAUGCUCUCUUCUGGACAGUGAAAGCCUUCCUCCCUCAGAUGAAGGCCCAGAAUCAUGGACACAUCGUCACCAUCGCCAGCGUCCUCGGUCUCUUCAGCACAGCUUGUGUCGAGGAUUACUGUGCCAGUAAGUUUGCAGCAGUGGGCUUCCACGAGUCUCUGGCCCAUGAGCUGCUGGCUGACGAGGUUGAUGGAGUGAAGACGACUCUCGUGUGCCCCUACAUUGUAGACACCGGCAUGUUUGACGGCUGCAAGAUACGAGAGGAGGUGGAACAGUUCCUCCUGUCCCCUCUGGACCCCCAGUACUGUGUGGAGCAGGCCAUGAACGCCAUCCUUGUGGACCAGCCCUUAGUGUGCAUCCCUCGCCUCACAUACCUGCCGUUCCUCUCCAGAGCAUUGUUGCCAUGGGAAUCCAAUGUGGUUACAUAUCGUUUCAUGGGCUCUGACAAGUGCAUGUACCCCUUCAUUGAGGCUAGGAAGCAACUAUUGUUGAAUAACUCUGUUAAGGUUGAAUAA